AUGUUCUUCACAUAAACUAAAUUUCAUAAACUGAGUUCUUAGAAAGAAUUAUUGGCUAAGAUAUAAGAGUUCGAAAUUAACACCAAUUUUGAUUCUCCAAGAACUUAGAAAGCGUUGUUAAAAAUGAAUAAGACUAAAUAUGACUUUAGAAGGAAGUAUAUGAUAGUAUUCACAUUUAAGGAAUAAAUUUGAAAAACAUAAUGAGUUAGAAUAUAGAAAUAAAAGGAAUAAUAAAUCUUUGGAUUAGUAAUCACUUGAUUUCGAAUAUGAGACUUAUUUAGAGUUAUUAUUAAGUAAUUUCCAUAAUUGACAAUUAGAUGAUUACAUGGAACUGAAAGAGUAAAGAAAACAAAUAAAGGAAUGGUUCCAAAAAAAAUAGUAAGAAGAAGAUGAAUUACGUGGAUAUGAACAUAUACCAUUUAAUAGUGUACAUUCGACAAGUAGAUUUCCAUGUUAAACCAUAACAAUUGAUGAUAAAAUUGGCAAAAUAAAUUAGGAAAGAUAGAGGCAAUUAAGUUUAAACAAUGCUGAAGUGAAAGAAGCUUUAUUGUUUGAAUUAGAUAGACGACAGUGGGAAUAAGAAUCUCUGGAAAGAAGACAGAAAAAUGCAUAAGUGAGAUCAGCUAAAAUUAUGGAAAUUAAGAUGAAAGCUUAGGAAUAAAAUAAGAAGGCUUAAAAGAAAUGUGAAACAUAGAAAAAAAUAAAAGAAGUGUAAAUAGAAGAAGAUUUAGUCAAGGCAAAAGAAUUUUAAGAGAAAUUGAAUCAAAAGUACUCUUAUUAAUUUAUGUUAGAGAUAAUGAAAUAGCAACUAAGAAAUCUACGAUAAUCAUGGAGAAGAUUGAGAAAAAUAAAAAAUUAGAAGAGAAAAUCUUGUUUAGAAAAUCUUUGUUAAAACAUGAAUAAUCAGAAACUUAACUUUAAAAUAUUAGGAAAGACACUCAAACUGAAGAAAAUAGAGUAAAAUCAGUUGAAAGAUAAGCGAAAGAUAGGUAAGAUAAACAAUGGAGAUAUGAAUAAUAAUUAAUGAGGAUUCAUGAAAAAAGUGCAUUAUCUAAAGCCAUUUGGGAAUCUGAAUUGUGUAAUAAUUUUGGAUAAAAAAUGAUAUCUAUUGAAGAAUAGAAAAAGAAAAACGAAGAUCUUAUAAAAAAAGAAGCAAAUAAAAUGUCAAAGGAACGGAAAGAUAAAUUAAAAAAACAUUAAUAAAAUCUAGAAUAAGUUUAGGAAGAAGAAAAGUACUUUUAACCAAUAUUUAGAAUAGACAAUGGUAAAUGAAGUUAUAAGAGAAAUUGCAAAACAAAGAUGAAAUUUCAAAGAAACUAAGAAUGAGUAAGCUAGAAGAAAUAAAAUAAUUAAGGGAAUAAAAUGUUUAAAACUAAAGAGAAUAAUUAUAGAAACUAGAAUUGAGAAGGAGAAAAUAAGUAAUAUUGAUUAAUUAUCAUAAGUUUAGUUAAUAAGAUUUGUUGUUGGAACGAUCCUUAAAUGCUUAAAAGAAAAUGGAAUAAUAAAAAAAUGAGUAAGAAAAGGUCUUAUUUUAUUUGUUGACCUCAAAAUAAAAGAUUGACUCAGAAAUUAGUAAUAGGCAAUAAAAAUUAAAACUGAUACAUUAAUAGUCAUCAGUUUAGCUAUUAGAGUAUGACUUUCUUCUAUCAUUAUUUAGAUAAUUGAAAGACCUUGUGCCAGAAUCAGAAUUAAUUGAAUUACAGAAGUAGUAUAAAAUUACUAAAAAGCCUUAAACUGCUAAUCCAUAAACUAUGAAUAAAUUGUGA